AAUAAUAAUAAUAAUAAUAAUAAUAAUAAUAAUAAUAAUAAUAAUAGUAUAAAGACUACAGAAACCACCACUCCAUCCUCUGAUGUCCCUCACGCUAUUUCCACUUCCAAUGCGGAAAAGAAUAAUGUGAGCAGUGAUCCUAUUAUAUCCGCCAGUUCUCUGGAUUCCAUGUACACAGACGAGGGGAGUUUAUAUAUUCCCAUUGACUGGUGGCGGGCACAAGAUGCGGAGAUCCGCGCAAAUGUCUCGUGGAACCGCAAGCGACGGAAAUUAAAACACAUCCGCCACGCACAUGUGAAGAGAGAUCACACACCGCACAGUAAUAGUAAUAAUAAUAAUAAUAAUAAUAAUAAUAAU